CAUCCCGGCCGGUCUGGGCGCAGCGCGAAGGGGGAGGCGGGCGCUGUUCCUGGAAGAGCCCGGCCCGGGGAGUUGGUCACAUUCUUGGCCGGGAUUCAAUGACUGAGGCAGACACCAACAAACAGAGGGGGGGAGGCGGAGGGCGGGAGGCUGAGCCCGCCUGCAUUAGCUCAGCUCUCAGGCACUCUCAGUCACUGCUGGAAAGAGGAGCUGGGAGGAUGUGCGCGCUCUCACCGCGGCUCCCCACGGCACAACGAGAGCACCGGCAGAAAUAAGGGAAGGAAGGCGAACCGCGAGCCGAGGAGCCCUCCCAGGCCGAGCAGAGGGAGCCCGAGGGGCAGCGGAGCCGCUCUUUGCCCGUGCGGAGCCCCCGCGCCGCUUUGGCACUGCCGGAGAUCUGGGCCUUUUCUCCUGCGUUGUUCCUUCCACAGAGCGAGCGUGCUGCCUCCUCCUGCUUUUUACUUUCCUCCCCCGCGCCUUCCCUCGGUGGAUAUGGACAGAAGGGGGAUCACUGCAGAGAAGCAGCAGCCGCCAGAACAUAUUUGAGCCCCGGGUGCUCGGAGCGUGGCACAGACUUUUUGUGUUUCUGUGGGUGGUGUGUGUGUGUGUGUGUAUGUGUGUGUGUGUGUGUGAGUGAGUGUGUGUGUGUGUGUUGGAGGUGUGGGAGGAGGGAUUGGUUUGCCUGGGGGUUGGCUGAGGGGGUGAGUGCUCGGAUGAAGACCUCUUUUUGCCGUGAUUCUGUGCUCCAUCGGGGCAGCUUGGAGACUUGGAGGGAUUGAAAUUGUAACGCGAAGCAAGAGGAAAGAAAGAAGAGAGAGACACGCAUACAAAAGGAUUUAUUUCCUCUCCGUUAGUGGAUUGCUGAGUGAGAAGGAGGAAAAACACAAGGAAACUAAAAAAUGGAGACUGUAAGUAGAAGCAGCUUCCAGCCUCAUCCAGGACUGCAGAAGACCUUGGAACAGUUUCAUCUGAGCUCUAUGAGCUCCCUGGGUGGCCCUGCUGCUUUCUCAGCACGAUGGGCACAGGAGAUGUACAAGAAAGACAAUGGCAAAGACCCAGCGGAACCUGUACUGCAUCUGCCCCCGAUCCAGCCUCCUCCGGUCAUGCCUGGUCCCUUCUUCAUGCCCUCGGACAGAUCCACGGAGAGGUGCGAGACCAUCCUGGAAGGGGAAACCAUCUCCUGCUUCGUGGUGGGCGGAGAGAAGCGGCUUUGCUUGCCCCAGAUCCUGAACUCGGUGCUCAGGGACUUCUCCCUGCAGCAGAUUAAUUCGGUGUGUGAUGAGCUACAUAUUUACUGUUCCAGAUGCACUGCUGACCAGCUGGAAAUCCUCAAAGUCAUGGGCAUCCUGCCCUUCUCCGCUCCUUCCUGCGGGCUCAUCACGAAAACUGAUGCUGAGAGGCUUUGUAACGCCUUGCUUUAUGGUGGCACCUAUCCUCCCCACUGCAAGAAGGAAUUCUCUAGCACAAUUGAGCUGGAGCUCACGGAGAAGAGCUUCAAGGUGUAUCAUGAGUGCUUUGGGAAGUGUAAGGGACUCCUGGUGCCAGAGCUUUACAGUAACCCCAGCGCAGCCUGCAUCCAGUGCUUGGACUGCAGGCUCAUGUACCCGCCUCACAAAUUUGUGGUCCACUCUCACAAAUCGCUGGAAAACAGGACUUGCCACUGGGGCUUUGACUCUGCAAACUGGAGAUCCUAUAUCCUCCUCAGCCAGGAUUAUACUGGGAAAGAGGAGAAAGCUAGACUGGGCCAGCUCUUAGAUGAAAUGAAAGAAAAAUUUGACUAUAACAACAAAUACAAGAGGAAAGCCCCCCGGGUCUCUUCAGAUCCCCCUGCUUCCAAAAAGCCCAAAAUAGAUGACUCUGCUUCCCAAUCUCCAGCUUCUUCUGAGAAGGAAAAACAGUCCAGUUGGUUACGGUCCUUAUCCAGUUCAUCUAAUAAGAGCAUCGGCUGCGUGCACCCGCGGCAGCGCCUCUCCGCCUUCCGGCCCUGGUCCCCCGCGGUGUCAGCCAGCGAGAAGGAGCUCUCCAGCCACCUGCCCGCCCUCAUCCGGGACAGCUUUUACUCCUACAAGAGCUUUGAGAGCGCCGUGGCGCCCAACGUGGCGCUGGCCCCUCCAGCCCAGCAGAAGAUGGUGAGCAACCCCCCCUGUGCCACGGUGGUGUCCCGGGGCAGCGAGGGGCAGGGGCAGCCCAGGAAGAGGAGACACGGCCCCGAGCACUCGGCCGGCCCCGAGGCCGCCGCCAGCGCCGCCAGCACCGCGGCCAGCACGGCCCCCGAGGAGGACAAGGAGUCGGAAGCAGAGAUUGAAGUAGAAACCAGGGAAGAGUUCACCUCCUCCUUAUCCUCGCUCUCCUCCCCAUCCUUCACCUCCUCCAGCUCUGCCAAGGACAUGAGCUCCCCUGGGAUGCAGCCCCCAGCCCCCGUCAACAGCUCCUACGAGGUGGCUGCACACCCUGACCCCCACAGCAGCGGGCUGGAGGCUGAGCUGGAGCACCUCAGGCAGGCCCUGGACAGUGGCCUGGACACCAAAGAAGCCAAAGAGAAGUUCCUGCACGAGGUGGUGAAGAUGAGGGUGAAGCAGGAGGAGAAGCUGAACGCGGCCCUGCAGGCCAAGCGCAGCCUGCACCAGGAGCUGGAGUUCCUCAGAGUGGCCAAGAAGGAGAAGCUGAGGGAAGCGACGGAGGCCAAGCGCAACCUGCGGAAGGAGAUCGAGCGCCUGCGGGCCGAGAACGAGAAGAAGAUGAAGGAGGCGAACGAGUCGCGGAUCCGGCUGAAGCGGGAGCUGGAGCAGGCGCGGCAGAUCCGCGUGUGCGACAAGGGCUGCGAGGCCGGCCGGCUGCGGGCCAAGUACUCAGCACAGAUCGAGGACCUGCAGGUGAAGCUGCAGCACGCCGAGGCCGACCGGGAGCAGCUCCGCGCCGACCUCCUGCACGAGCGGGAGGCGCGGGAGCACCUGGAGAAGGUGGUCAAGGAACUUCAGGAACAGCUGUGGCCCAAAGCCAGCAGCCAGCCCAGCAGUGAGAGCACCUCGAGCCCCAUGGAGAACUGACCCCUCAUCCCCCAGCACAGGGAGGGAGAGAGUGGGACUGGGAGUGCACGUGUGAGUAGUGGUGUCCUGGCACACACUUUAGGAAUAUGGAUUCUCAGUAGCUGGAAGGCAAAUGUUGUUACUCUCUAGAACAGAAGCACUGAAUUCCGCCUCUUUUUUUUCCCAAUCCAUAUAGCACAACAUCUUACUGUGCCUAGAAAACACAAAGUGUUUGUAAACAAAAAUACUUUUAAGUCCACAGCAAAUUUUCUACUGGCAAACUCUAAGCAAAGCAGUGUGGUCCAGCUGAACCCGGAGUCCCAGGUGAGCACGGCAGUGGCUUUGUGUUCUCCUGCCUGUUGGAACAUUUUGGAAUUUAAAAACAAACCGACUUUUCUUACAAGCUAUUUAAAAGAAUUCAUUACACAGACUUGGUAUUAAAAAAAAAAUUAACAAGAUUUUUAUAAUGAACCUUUAAAAGCAAAACAAAAAAAAAAAAAAAGACAAAAAAUAAAAAACCUUCGAUGCACAAUUUUUAAUGACUUUAUAGGCUUUGGGAUUCUUUGUGCAGAAGCCCCUCUUGGUGAUGAUGCCAUCCAUGUCAGGAGCAGUUUUCCAGCCAUCUCAGAAGCCAUCGCGGUCCCAUCCCGUCACGUGGGCGUAGGAGAAGUUCAGAGUGCUUUUCCAAGUUGAUUUUUUUCCUUAGAAUGAAUGAUGUCCAUUUCCUGCCCUGGACACAGGAAGAAGGGAAGCUGCAGGAGUGUGCAGGGGAUGAGGGGAGCAGAAGGGCUUGGGUUGAGAGCCCCAGCCCAGCCCCACAGACCCCCCUGUGUUCAGAGACUUCACCCAGGAGCACGUCAGCCUUGGGAAAAGAAAGAGAGAAAGAAGAAAGGAAGGAAAUGGAUGAUCAGUUGGUAGAGGAACAAAGCAGAGACAUCUGUGUGUUGAAGUCAUUCUGAAAUCUUCAGCUUUCAGUUUUCUGGAAAACUCAUCUUGUUGCACCAUCUUACCAUGAAUUCAGUAUUUCCCUGCUUCCAUUCCGAACUGUCAGUCAGGAUUUCUGUGCCCAAGGAGAGUCCAACGUUGCAGUGUCGGAUACUACAGAACAGAAAACCAACAUUUUUGCUGCUGUGAAUAAGCCUACAUCUUUUUUUAAAAAACUUUUUUUUGUUUUUAAAAAGAGAAAUUACUUUAAUUUUGGGAUCCAAGCCGCGGCCCCGGGAUACAAUGCAGCAAACCAUCACUGCCUUGGGGGUGGUGCUGAGGUUUUUUAUAUAUAUAUUUUUUUUUUUUUUUAAACCUGCACUUUGUCAGAAUCUUACUCUGCAUUUUAUUCCGUGUUUCUAAGAUGUACAUGUCAAACAUUUGAGAUUCUGCCCUAACAGCUGUGCAAACCAUGAACCCAAUCUGCCACCACUGACACCUCCCAUCAGCGUCCCUGUAAGCAAAGGAGGAUCCAGCAGGUCCAGAGUCCCCAGAGCAGGAAUUCCCCCUGUGCUGCUGGUUCAGAUAGAACCUGGUUUUGUGGCUGUGUAUGACCCAAGCUGGGGAGCAGCAGAGAUGCUCCCAAAAGUGCUUAACAAAUAAAGCUGGUGCUUUACUGAUCAGGAGAAAAUUAAUUUUCACCCAUAAACACUCACCUCUGACACGCUCAAGCAACUGAAAAUGUGAUCUGGGGCUGCAGAUGUGCCUUCCAGCUCAUUUUUCCUCUCAGCAUCUUCUCUAGGCAAUGCUGACACUUUUUUUACCUUAAAGAAUAAUAAUAAAAUUUAAAAAAAAAAAGGAAAAAAGGAGAACCCCCUAUGCAUCAUCAUACCCAGAGUUAUUCUAAAAGAAGAAACAUAUUUCCAGUAAUCUUUAUUUGCUUUUGGACAUUAAUGCAAACUAUGUAAGCUUCAAAAUUAUUUCCCAGUAGACAGAAAGCGGCUUCCAAUCCUAAAAUUAUGGUAUUUACUUACAGUACAUUAGAGAGAUUUUUUUUUUUUAAACAAGAGCUGUUUGCUUGAAACCAUUAUAGUAACCAUUAUAGUAACUGUGAGCAUUAACAAAGAAGUUCAUAUAUAUAUAUGUUUUAGGUACAAAAAAGAAGAAAUAUGAAAGGAGUGGAAUUUCUGGGACAAUGUAAAACUGUUGGGAGCAAGAAACAGUCACACCAAGUCCAUGACCUGAACCUGUCUGUGGAUACAGGGGUUGGCCCUUGUGUGUUUGGGAUACUGGAGACUGGCUCUAGGUGCAGCUCUCCUUCUAAAGUGCAAUGCAAAAGGAAUUUUGAUUAUGCUUGAGCAGGUUUUGUUUUUGUUUUGUUUUGUUUGUUUUUUUUUAAUGUGGGGUUUUAUUUUCUUUGUAUGUUUUUUUCUGCGAUUAUUAAAUCAUAUGCAUGGAUUAAACUCUGCCAUAUAGUCA